GUGGAGGCAGGGAAGGGCCUGGAGAUGAGGAAGCUUGUUCUCUCAGGCUUUCUGGCCAGUGAAGAAAUCUACAUUAAUCAGCUGGAAGCCCUGUUGCUGCCCAUGAAACCCCUGAAGGCCACAGCCACCACCUCCCAGCCUGUGCUCACCAUCCAGCAGAUAGAGACCAUCUUCUACAAGAUCCAGGAUAUUUAUGAGAUCCACAAGGAGUUCUACGACAACCUCUGUCCCAAGGUGCAGCAAUGGGACAGCCAAGUCACCAUGGGCCACCUUUUCCAGAAGCUGGCCAGCCAGCUGGGCGUGUACAAAGCAUUUGUGGAUAACUAUAAAGUCGCUCUGGAGACAGCUGAGAAGUGCAGCCAGUCCAACAACCAGUUCCAGAAGAUCUCUGAGGAACUCAAAGUGAAAGGGCCCAAGGACUCUAAGGACAGCCAUACAUCAGUCACCAUGGAAGCUCUACUCUACAAGCCUAUUGACCGAGUCACCCGGAGCACGCUGGUCCUACACGAUCUGUUGAAGCACACACCUGUGGACCACCCAGACUACCCACUGCUUCAGGAUGCCCUCCGAAUCUCCCAGAAUUUCCUGUCUAGCAUUAAUGAGGACAUUGAUCCCCGCCGGACUGCAGUUACAACCCCCAAGGGGGAGGUGGGGGUGUCCUGUCUCCCUCAGACUCGGCAGCUGGUGAAGGACGGCUUCCUGGUAGAAAUGUCUGAGAGCUCCCGGAAGCUGCGGCACGUCUUUCUCUUCACAGAUGUCCUACUGUGUGCCAAGCUGAAGAAAACCUCUGCAGGAAAGCAUCAACAGUAUGACUGUAAGUGGUACAUCCCUCUGGCUGAUUUAGUGUUCCCAUCCCCUGAGGAGUCAGAGGCCAGUCCCCAGGUGCACCCCUUCCCAGAUCAUGAGCUAGAGGACAUGAAAAUGAAGAUCUCUGCCCUUAAGAGUGAGAUUCAAAAGGAGAAAGCCAACAAGGGACAGAGCCGAGCCAUUGAGCGCCUCAAAAAGAAGAUGUUUGAGAAUGAGUUCUUGCUGCUGCUCAAUUCCCCCACAAUCCCGUUCCGGAUACACAAUCGGAAUGGAAAGAGUUACCUGUUUCUUCUGUCCUCUGACUAUGAGAGGUCAGAGUGGAGAGAAGCGAUCCAGAAGCUACAGAAGAAGGAUCUCCAGGCCUUUGUCCUGAGCUCUGUGGAGCUCCAGGUGCUCACGGGAUCCUGUUUCAAGCUUAGGACUGUGCAUAACAUUCCUGUCACCAGCAAUAAAGAUGACGACGAGUCUCCAGGACUGUAUGGUUUCCUUCAUGUCAUCGUCCACUCUGCCAAGGGGUUUAAACAAUCAGCCAACCUGUACUGUACUCUGGAGGUGGAUUCCUUUGGCUAUUUUGUCAGCAAAGCCAAAACCAGGGUAUUUCGGGACACGACAGAGCCCAAGUGGGAUGAGGAGUUUGAGAUUGAGCUGGAGGGUUCACAGUCCCUGAGGAUCCUGUGCUAUGAGAAAUGCUAUGACAAGACCAAGGUCAACAAGGACAACAACGAGAUUGUGGACAAGAUCAUGGGCAAGGGGCAGAUCCAGCUGGAUCCGCAGACUGUGGAAACCAAGAACUGGCAUACGGAUGUGAUUGAAAUGAAUGGGAUCAAAGUGGAAUUCUCCAUGAAAUUUACCAGCCGUGACAUGAGCCUGAAGAGGACCCCAUCCAAAAAGCAGACCGGCGUCUUUGGAGUGAAAAUCAGCGUGGUGACCAAGCGGGAGCGCUCCAAGGUGCCCUACAUCGUACGGCAGUGUAUAGAAGAGGUGGAGAAGAGGGGCAUUGAGGAGGUUGGCAUCUACAGGAUAUCAGGGGUGGCCACGGACAUCCAGGCACUGAAGGCCGUCUUUGAUGCCAAUAACAAGGACAUCCUCCUGAUGCUGAGUGACAUGGACAUCAACGCCAUCGCUGGUACCCUCAAGCUCUACUUUCGGGAACUGCCUGAGCCCCUCCUCACAGACCGACUUUACCCAGCCUUCAUGGAGGGCAUUGCCCUGUCAGACCCUGCUGCCAAGGAAAACUGCAUGAUGCACCUACUCCGCUCCCUGCCCGACCCCAACCUCAUCACCUUCCUUUUCCUGCUGGAACACUUGAAGAGGGUUGCUGAGAAGGAACCCAUCAACAAGAUGUCACUUCACAACCUGGCCACUGUGUUCGGCCCCACGUUACUGAGACCCUCGGAAGUGGAGAGCAAAGCACAUCUCACAUCAGCUGCAGAUAUCUGGUCCCAUGAUGUCAUGGCCCAGGUCCAGGUCCUACUUUACUACCUGCAGCACCCUCCCAUUUCCUUCGCGGAACUGAAACGGAACACACUGUACUUCUCCACAGAUGUGUAGCCUGAGGGGGGCAGCUGUGGGGGUGGCCAGAGCCAGCCCUGCAGCUAGGGCCCAACAAAGACUUGAAAGACUGCAACAGAAACUCCCCAGCCUAGCACUCCAGAGUCCAAGGGAAGCCACCUUCCAAGAACUGGAACUUGUGCAUUUUUUGUGCCACCUUGUACAAAGCCAGCUGACCAGCCCCCAGCCUCCUCGCCACACCCCAGCUCCCACCCUCUGUACCUUUGCGUGUAUCUGAUGCUCCGUGCUGUCCAAGAAUUGUUUUAUGUAUAUUUGUCAUGCAGAAAAGGUAGUGGCCGCUGAGCUGGUGUGGGCACAGACAGCCUGCUUUGUUCUUUCAUUUCUCCCAACACUUUCUUUCUGCCUGAGUCCAGUCUGGGAACUUUUAUUUUGUGCUGUGUAACUGCUGCCAGCUUCUCCUCUCCUGGCCCUGCUCCCAGAUUGCAGGCUCCCUGCAGUGUCUCUGCCCUCUCCAUCUUCCCAGCCUGCUGCAUGCAUGUGCAGCGUGGGGUUCUGCUUCAUCAUUGGAAAGUUCUGCAGAGGCCCUGGGCAGUGGUAGCCUGUCUGAUGGGCUGCGUGCUGCCCUUGGCCUCUUUGCUCUCCACCUGUGGAAGCACGCCUGCUUUCCUUGCUGUCUGUGCAAAUGUUGAAUAAGGAGACAGACGCACACUAAUCCGAAGCUUAGCACAGAGCUGGAGAGCUGAUUUCUGGAAUGUUCUAUUUGAGAAUUACCCUUUCUGGGGUUUGUUUAUCUCCUGCCUACCAUGAGGCAUUUUCAGCUGUUUCUUCUACUGCUGAAUUUUCUGUUCCCUUCCCCCUUGUGUUGUUUUCUUUGAGUGUAAUGACUCACAAGUGUCCUGCUGUCAAGAGAGGUCAGGAAUGCACCUGAGGGUAUGGUGGGCGCCCAGGCUGUGAAGGAACAAAAUGGACAGCGCAGGCAGCAGUGGCAAGUCUUCACAGUGAAGACAUGCAGAGGCUAUCCUAGUGGGGCAUGGCCUCCAGGAGGGCAAAGUCUGUGGCUAAAUCAGGUAUCCAGAUGAAAGCAGGCUCUGUCCUGGAACCUGGAACCUCAUAUACCUCGUGGUACUUUUGCCUUAGAUUUUACACUCUCAACAGCCAAGCACUGCCACGGGGCAGCCACAUUACCAUGCAUGCUCCAGAGCCUAGCAAUGGAAGGCACAACCCAACUGGAAUGGUCCUGCCCUCGUACUGCUUCAGCUUCUAAAUCCAGCCCUGUGGGUAAUCCCAAGUAUUCUAGAAGUUGGGGACAGGCUGCCUCCUUUGCAUGUUCUGUUGGGGCUCCAGACGACAGGAUUGGUGGGUGUCAUUCUCAGUUCUGCAACCUAUUGCUUGUUACUAGAAAGAGAAUUAUUCCCAAAGCACCAUUUCCAGUCUGAGGAGCAACUACCAGUCUGUGGCAAUCAGCAGGGAAAGGUGCUCCUGUCAGAGGGGCUUGCGCUACCACACAGCUUCCUGUUAUCUUCUAUGUGGCAGAGUUGAUUCUUGGCCCUCAGGAUUGGGGAGACCAGCUCUCAUUGUGUGUGCUCAGGGCUAAGUCUAAAGAUGGGUUUGCUGGCCCCCAAGCUGUAGUGUCUGCUAGGUGAGAGGCAGAGCUCUUUCGAGUCCUGUUCAUCCCUGUUGUCUUUGACAGAACGGUACAGUUUGUGCAUAGAGGAAAAGGGAAUGCCAACUUCCCAGCUGCCUAUUAGCAGUUUAACAAGGAACCUUGCUGUCUCAAACAGGUUAAAGAAAAUGCCCGUGAGUAUAGAGGUCACAUCAUCUAGCUACUAUCUUGGCACUCAGGUGGUGGUGUGUGGUAUUCUUCCAAAGAAUUGACAAAAACAGAUUAUAAGAGCCCAUCAAAACAGUGCCUCCUGUCUCUUUGAAACAAGGAAUGUUGGCUUCUGGGCACUAGCUACUGCAGUUCCCAGGUUGCUUAGGCAGUGUAACAGCAGGAAGGCUGGAGGAGCUGAGAAUUAUUAAAGGUUUCUAUUAUUUAUAAAUCCCACCCCAAGUGGGGCAAGUGAGGUGCCAGACCUCAACUGAGGUGCACCAAGGAAGUAUCUGGUGUUUCUCCUGCGACAGGGGCCAUGCUGCCCAGAACCCCAUCACUGCCAGCAGGGCACCAGGAGACAGGGUCCAGUAACCCCAGGCAUGCCUGUACUUGCUUGGGCAGUGAAUGAGGACUGCCAGCUUUUGCUGACAAGGUAGGAUGGGACCCCCUAAUAAGUUGGUAUGGAUAUAUUUUUUUUGUCUCUGUUCUGUUUAAACUUAAUGUAGAUUAUUAUAAAUUGAUGUAAACCACGUGAGAGGGAAAUGUUAAUAAAAAAAAUGCAAAACCCCAACAUUUGCACAAAACA